AGUAAACCAUCUUUCAUUGUCUUAAUUAACUCCUUCAACUUACUGAAAUCUCUUCAUUAUUCUCCUAAUUCUCAAAUUAAAACUCAACUUAUUACAUUCAUCAAUGGCUAUUGGUGGGGUUACCAAAAAGAAAAAAUUGAGCAAACAACAAGAUGAUGUUUACACAAUGGAUGGAACAGUGAACCAUAGAAAUCACCCAGCCAGCCGCCAAGAUACUGGAAAAUGGUUUGCCGGCAAUAUCAUUCUUGUGAAUCAGGGAUUCGCUACCUUGGCAUUUUUUGGAGUUGGGGUGAACUUGGUACUGUUCUUGACAAGGGUGCUGGAGGAAAACAAUGCGGAUGCUGCAAACACCGUAAGCAAAUGGACCGGAACCGUCUACAUCUUCUCUCUUGUUGGUGCUUUCCUUAGUGAUGCAUACUGGGGAAGAUUUAAAACAUGUGCAAUCUUUCAACUAACCUUUGUCAUUGGUUUGGCUUCACUGUCUUUAUCAACAUAUCUCUUGCUGAAACCAACAGGCUGUGGAGAUAGAACAACUCCGUGUGGAAAACACUCAAACACGGAGAUUGGGCUGUUUUACCUUUCUAUCUACCUAGUCGCCUUAGGAUAUGGAGGGUAUCAGCCAAACAUAGCAACAUUUGGUGCGGACCAGUUUGAUGAAGACUAUCAAAGGGAGUCGCAUUCAAAGGUCGCCUUUUUCAGCUAUUUCUACCUAGCAAUGAAUCUGGGCCAACUCUUCUCUAAUACUAUACUAGGAUACUUUGAAGACGAGGGGAUGUGGGCUCUAGGAUUCUGGGCAUCAGCUGGCUGCGCCUUUCUAGCACUUGUUUUGUUCCUUGUCAGAACACCAAAGUACCGAUAUUUCAAGGCAACAGGCAAUCCAGUGUCAAGGGUAUGCCAAGUAGUUGUCGCUGCGAUCAAGAAAUGCAGGACUGAAUUGCCAGAAGGAGAGAGACUGUAUGAAGCAGAAGUAAAAGAAUGUUCCAACGAUGGAAACAGAAAAUUACUCCACACUGAAGGUUUCAAAUUCUUGGACAAAGCAGCCUACAUCAAGUCUGGAGAUUUCUACAACCAAGAGCAAGGCCUUCACAACCCGUGGUGUCUUUGCCCCAUAACACAAGUUGAGGAAGUUAAGUGCAUAUUAAGGUUACUUCCAAUAUGGUUGUGCACCAUCAUCUACUCGGUAGUGUUUACCCAAAUGGCAUCACUCUUCGUUGAACAAGGCGCUGCUAUGAAAACUACUGUUGCAAACUUCAGAAUCCCAGCUGCAAGCAUGUCCAGCUUUGACAUUCUAAGUGUUGUAGCUUUUAUCUUCAUCUAUAGACGAGUUCUUGAUCCAAUUAUGAGCAGGAUGAAAAUGACGGAGUCUGGAGGGCUCCCUGAGCUGCAUAGAAUGGGUAUUGGCCUGAUUAUCGCAGUUUUAGCCAUGGUCUCAGCUGGAAUUGUGGAGUGCUACAGACUCAAGUAUGCCAUAAAGGAUUGCUCACAUUGCAAGGCACCAAAUCCUAGCUCGCUAAGUAUAUUCUGGCAAAUUCCUCAAUAUGUUUUCAUUGGGGCAUCAGAAGUGUUUAUGUACGUGGGACAGUUGGAAUUUUUCAACGCCCAAGCACCUGAUGGACUAAAGAGUUUCGGAAGUGCUUUGUGUAUGACAUCAAUCUCGCUAGGAAAUUACGUAAGCAGCCUGAUCGUCUCAAUAGUAAUGAAAAUCUCAACAGAAGAUCAUAUGCCAGGGUGGAUACCGGGAAAUCUUAACAAGGGUCACUUGGACAGGUUUUACUUCCUAUUAGCAGCUCUCACAACAGUUGAUUUUGUUGUCUAUAUAUUAUGUGCAAGAUCAUACAAGGGCAUCAAGCUGGAAGGAAAAUCUGACAAAGACAACCAAGCUGAGUAUGAAGUCUGAAGGCUACACUAAUGUCUGUCAAGGCGUUAAUGGCUUCGCUUGACAUUUUUUUUUUUAAAAAAAAAAAAAAAAAAAAAAAGAAAAAAACUGGUGUACAUUCAUCGUGAAGUCUUAAGCAAACCAGGGAAAAGAAGACUACUAAGCGGAAGCAACAAGAAUCAUUUGAACCAGUUGCUCUCUUACCUGUAAAGGACUGAAAGAUAAAACUGAAACCUCAAUGUUUUCUCUAAAGAGCCAGGCUUGAGCAACAAGUUCAAUGUAAUUGUUGGUUUUUUGCCCUACCAACUGGAUGCUCACCUCUUGGCUCCGAUUGUAGAGACUAGACUAUGUAUUUUAAUUACGAGAAUACAUUUUGCCCAUUUCCUAUUGAUCUCUUUCUUUCUUAAUUAUUCACCCGUUACCUUUCAUAUGAAAAAACAUCUGGAACACAUUCUGCUCCAUGUCUGAGCUGUAUUUUAAAGAAUAAAUCUACAUUUAUUCAGGGAUCAUAUUUGAAAUAGUUUAUAGGAAAUUUCAUGUGGUAACCCUGAGGUUUUGGGU